UCUGCCGCAAGGUUUCUUGGGAUUUGUAGUUCACAGCAGGAAGUAGCUGUGGUCUAAGCGAGCUUGUUUUGGGGCGUUUACUUAAUAUUAGUUUACGUUUCUAAUGAAAGAUGGUGGAUUUGAUGACUGAGUAGGGAUAUGCCUUGAUGUAUUUCAUACCUGAGGGCAGCCUGACAAACGCGUCCCGUCCGUACGUCGGCAGCAUGCAGCCGGUGUUUAGGAGAGAUGCUGGAGUUUGGACUCAAACCAAAAGUCUUCUCUAUAAGAACCUGCUGAUCAAAUGGAGGACCAAGCAGCAGAGCCUUCAGGAGCUGCUCCUCCCCCUGAUGCUCCUCGGUCUCCUCAUUCUCAUCAGCACAAUGAACCCUCAUGUUUAUUAUGAAGGCAUCAGCACCAAGGAGCUGGAGGAUGACAACUUCUUCCGGAACAUCAGAGGCCUGGGCUACACGCCCAUCACCAACAUCACCACCGACAUCAUGGAGGAAGUGGCGGCUCGUUUACUGAAUGUGCAGGAUCACCUGGAGUUGUUCACCAGCGAGGAGGAUCUGGAGAACGCCAGCCUGUACGAGCCGUCCAACUACAUCGGCGUGGUGUUCCUGGACAGCGCAGCCACAUCCUACAGGCUGCGCUUCCCACACCACAAGCUGCCGCUGCCCAGCGAUUAUACAGAGUCCAUCGCCAGCUGUUACAGCGUCCUGGAGAGAUGCAGAGCUGCAAACUAUUGGUUCUCUGGUUUCACCCGCCUCCAAACUAUGAUUGAUGCCGCCAUCAUUCAGAGGCAGACCAAACGGACGGUGUGGGAUGAGCUGAACCUGAAGGCGGUGAUGAUGGGCCAGCCAGGCUCCGUGGAGGUCCAGAAGUUUCCCCACGUCCUGAUCUCCAUCUACCUGGUGCUGGCCUUCACUCCUUUUGUCACCUUCCUCAUUGUGAACGUGGCGGCUGAGAAGGAGCAUCACCUGAAGGACACCAUGACCAUGAUGGGGCUGUACGACACGGCCUUCUGGUUAUCAUGGGGCCUUCUGUAUGCUGCUUUGGUGACCGCCAUGUCCGUCCUGAUGGCCGUCAUCGCCACAUACAGUUUACUCUUCCCUAAAAGUGACUUCUUGGUCAUCUUUUUCCUCAUCUUCCUCUAUGGCAUAUCUUCAAUCUUUUUCUCCUUCAUGCUGACGCCGUUGUUCAAGAAGCCAAAGUUUGCGAGCACGGUGGGCUCCAUGCUGACGGUGGUGUUUGGCUGCAUGUCGCUGUUCACCGUGCUGCUGCCAGACUUCCCACAGCUGCUGGUCUGGCUGCUCUGCCUGCUGUCUCCCAGUGCCUUCUCCAUGGGGAUCGCUCAGGUGGUUUACCUGGAAGCGCAGGGAGAUGGCGCUGUGUUCUCCUCCUUGACCAACGGGCCCCAUCCGCUCUACGUCCCUCUGCUCAUGCUAGCUCUGGACUGCGUUCUUUACCUUCUGCUGGCCAUCUACCUGGACCAGGUUCUGCCCGGUGAGUUUGGGAUUAAGAGGUCCGUGCUCUACUUCCUGAAGCCGCGUUAUUGGUCCAAACACAGGAAGCGCUACGUGGAAGUGAGCUCCGUGUUCGAUGCUGAGGCCAACGGCGCUCCAGUUGGAGAUGAGAACGUGGAGCCCGUCUCCCCGGAGUUCAGAGGGAAAGAAGCCAUACGGAUCAGCAACAUCCGGAAGGUUUACAAAGACAAGGAGAAAAGCAUGGAGGCUCUGAGAGGCCUGACCUUCGAUAUCUAUGAGGGUCAGAUCACAGCCCUGCUGGGACACAGCGGCGCAGGAAAGUCCACUCUGAUGAACAUCCUGUGCGGUAUCUGCCCCCCCACCAGCGGCUCGGCGGCCAUAUACGGCUCCCCCGUGGCGGACAUUGCAGAGGGCUCAGAGAUGAAGCAGCUGGUGGGAAUCUGCCCUCAGUUCAACAUCAUCUUUGAUGUGCUGACGGUGGAGGAGCACCUCAAGAUAUUUGCUGCCAUCAAAGGGAUCCCGCCUGCUGACGUCCCCGCUGAGGUCACCAGAGUCCUGAAGGACUUGGACUUGGAGAAAAUCAUGACGGCUCAGGCGAAGAGUCUGAGCGGGGGCCAGAAGAGGAAGCUCUCAGUGGGCAUCGCCAUCCUGGGAGAUCCUAAGAUUUUGCUCCUGGAUGAACCCACUGCAGGGAUGGACCCCUGCUCCAGACACCAGGUGUGGUCGCUGCUGAAGAGCCGGCAGGCCGGCAGAGUCAUUGUUCUCACCACGCACUACAUGGACGAGGCCGACAUCCUGGCUGAUCGUAAAGCUGUGAUCUCUCAGGGGCAGCUGAAGUGCGUCGGCUCGUCUCUGUACCUGAAGAUCAAGUGUGGCGUUGGAUAUCACCUCAGGAUGUCCAUCGCUGAGGGCUGCGAUGCAGAGAAGGUGGCGUCGUUGGUGAAGCAGCACGUUCCCAAAGCGACGCUCUGCAGGCAGCAUGACGCUGAGCUCACCUUCACGCUGCCCUUCGAGGGCAUGAACACCUUUCCAGGCCUGUUCUCAGAGCUGGACUCUCAGCCGCAGCUGGGGAUUAAGAACUACGGCGUUUCCAUGACAACGCUGGAAGAUGUUUUCCUGCGCCUGGAGUCGGAGGCUGAGGUGGAUCAGGCCGACUACAGCGUGUUCCACCGGGAGCCGGCGGAGGACGACGGCGACGCGUUGUCUGUGGACGACACCGACCAGCGGCUGCUCACCUUCUCAGACAGCAAGUCGGACAUGGUGUCGGGUCACGCUCUGUGGAGGCAGCAGUUCAGCGCCGUGGCCUGGCUGCACAUGCUCAACGUGCGGCGGGAGUGGAAGGCCUACCUUUACACCCUGGUUCUCUUCCUGCUCUUCUUCUCUGCGAUUCUGGUCGUGUCGCUGGUGAGCGGAAACAUCCAGAUCCACUCACAGGAGCGGGAGUUUCAGCCCAUCUACCUGCUGAAGAAGAACGAGGCGCCUCACAGAUACGUCACCAGCCUCCUGGUCAAGAACUCGACCGACUCUGAUAUUUCUGACUUCAUCCACAACCUGGAAUCCCAGGAUAUCAAGGUGGAGUUGAUGAAGCAGACCGACUACAUGGCUGCGGCGCCGCACAGCGCCGCCGUGGAGGUCUCCGGGUCCAGUAAGGGUUUCAGCUACAGCAUCGCUUUCAACAGCACCACCGUUCACUCGCUGCCCAUGGCCGCCAACGUCCUGAGCAACGCCCUCCUCAGAGGCCUGAACGGAACCGGCCAGAUCCGGACCUGGACCAAACCCUUUGAUUAUCAAAUCCCGGACAUCACGUCCUACGCUCUGGUCUACAUAGAGGCCAUCAUGCUGGGGAUGCUGGCGGCCGGAAUGCCGGCGUAUUUCGCAAUGGAUCACACCCGGGAUCGUGAGAUAAAGUGCCGCUCAACGCUGCGGAUCUCCGGCCUGCUGCCCUCGGCCUACUGGUGCGGCCAGGCGGCCGUGGACGUCCCCUUCUACUACCUCAUCCUGUCCUCCAUGAACCUCAUCCUCUUCUCCUUCCACUCUGCAAACCUGCCCACAACCAGCAACCUCACAGCCGCGGUCCUCUGCACCAUUGGCUUCGGCCCGGCCAUGAUCCUCUUCACCUACGUGGUUUCCUUCGGGUUCGCACGAGUUCAGAGCAACAGAGACUUCUUCUCGUUCAUCUCCAUGAUGGUGUGCGUGGUGUCGGCCUCCAUCGUCCAGCUGUUCUUUCUGGUGGAACUCCCUGAAAUGGCCAGAUCGCUGCACAACGUCCUGUGCCUGUUGAUCCCCCUCUACCCUCUGAUGGGCUGCCUCAGCUGCAUCACCAAGGCAACGUUCCUUCCCAUUCUGUAUGAGGAGAACUUCCUGUGGAAAAGUCUGCUGAUUUCCGUUGUGGCUCCCUACCUGCAGUGCAUCGUCCUGCUGUUCCUGUUGCGCUGGCUGGAGGUCCGGUACGGAGGGCGGGCGAUGAAGAGCGACCAGCUGUGCAGGAUCUCAUCGCGGCCGAAGCCCAAACCGGAGUGCAGCUCAGAGGAAGGGCUCAACGAGGAUGAGGACGUUUGCAUGGAGAAGGCCAGAGUGAAGGAGGCGCUAACCUGUCAGGCCUGCGAGGAGAAACCGAUGGUGGUCGUUAGUAACCUGAGAAAGGAGUUCCAGUGCCAGAAAGAAGGCUUCUCUCUCACCAAGAAGACUAAAGUGGCCACUAAGAACGUAUCCUUCUGUGUUGGCAAAGGGGAAGUUCUGGGACUGCUGGGCCCCAACGGAGCAGGGAAGACCACGGUCAUGCACAUGCUGUCAGGCGACACGGACCCCACGGCCGGCCGGAUCCUGAUGGGAGACUACAGCGCCGACUUCAGUCCGCUGGACGAUCCUCUGGACCAUGUGGGCUACUGUCCCCAGGUCAACCCUCUUUGGCCCCGGAUCACCCUGCAGGAACACCUGGAGAUCUACGCCGCCAUUAAAGGGCUGAAGGGCCACGAGGUCCCGGGCAUCAUCAAACGAGUGUCUAAUGCGUUGGAGCUGAAGGAGCAUCUAGAUAAACCGGCAAAGAGUCUCUCUGCAGGACUGAAACGGAAGCUGUGCUUCGCUCUGAGCAUGAUCGGAAACCCGCAGAUUGUCCUGCUGGACGAGCCGUCGUCAGGAAUGGAUCCCAAGUCCAAGCAGCGGAUGUGGAGGGCCAUGCGUGCUGCAUUCAGGAACCACCAGCGAGGAGCUAUCCUCACCACACACUACAUGGAGGAGGCUGAGGCCGUGUGCGACCGCGUUGCCAUCAUGGUCUCCGGCCAGCUCAGAUGCAUCGGCACCAUCCAGCAUCUGAAGGCCAAAUUCGGCCAGGGCUACAGUCUGGAGGUGAAGCUGAGGGAGGAGCUGACGGGACUCCAGCAGGAGGCGCUACUGCACCAGGAGAUCCUCCGAAUCUUUCCGCACGCCGCCCGACAGGAGAGCUUCACCACCCUGAUGGUCUAUAAGGUCCCCAUGGAGGACGUCGGCUCGCUGGCCCGGUCUUUCUCCCAGCUGGAGAACGCCAAACAAACCUUCAACUUUGAGGAGUACAACUUCUCCCAGUCCACGCUGGAGCAGGUGUUCCUGGAGUUUGCCAAGGAGCAGGAGAGCGAGGAGGAUGUGGUGGGACCCCUCAGCACCACCUUCCAGUGGCAGCGGCUGCAGCAGGACGGCUCCACCACCCAGGCAGACAGCACGGUGCAGCAGCUCUGAUCCAUCCACGGCUUUCAUCCCGUCCUCCCUGGAGCACGCCGCGCAGGGCGCUACUCGGCCCGCCGAAGCCCCGGCCCGUCCGCUUCCUCCUGCUGCCUCCAUUCCUCACAGGGAUCCGUUUCUGGGGGCGGGUUUCCUUUCGGGGUUCAGUCGGGUUUUUACGUGUUUUUAUGGCAUGAAUUUAUGGGAAAAUCAAAACCGAGAUCCGUCGAAACCAAAGCAGCACGUCUCUCUUAGAGCUGCUGUUCACUGUGUCAUCCAGAGGGGGCGCUGCUGCGCUGCCAGACUCUGCAGCACAGCGCCCUCUGCUGUCUGCUCUGCCUGAGACGGGUGUGUCCAUCCCUCCACGGCGGAGGAGGUGCUGAUGCCUCCUCCAGCAGGUGUUCUGCUCCUCUGUGGAUGAUGCUGUAAGUUCUGUUUAUCGAUGGAAGCAUCGUUGGUGCAAUACCUUCAACAAAUUGUAAUUUUUUAUGACAUUCAGGGGGAGAGCCGCAGGCUGAAGGGAGAAAAACUUUUGUUUUCUGAUCGUCUUCAGUGGAUAGUUUUUUCUUUGGGUGGGGGGGGUCAUGGAGGGGGGGUUUCAGCCGUUUCCUCAGAGAGUCAAACACUGAUGCUGCCUUCACUUUAACGCGUUUUCUGGGAUGCUCUGUUUACAUGAGGAUUCAGGAUGCAGCCGACCUCAGAGCAGCGCUGCAGGAACGCCUG